AUGAGUGAUGAGGCUGGUUUGGCACAGAGGAAGGACACAGCAACAAAUGAAGUUGACGAGACUGAAGCUAGUAGAAUGAAUAAAUUGAGAAGGACAAGAAAGAAAGUCGCUAAGUCACAUGAUUGUUCAACUGAAGCAGGAGAAAUGGAUACACCUGAUGCAAAUGAUUGUACCAGGGAUGCCACUCAAAUUCUGACGCCACCUCAGCUUUCUUCUAGAAUGAAGCAUAUUAAGCAAGAGAUGGCCAAAAAUCACCUCCAGUUUGUCCAGUUUGAAGCAUCUGAUCUGCAUGGUGUGUCCCGGUCAAAGAGUAUUCCUGCACACUUUUUCCAAGAAAAGGUGAUUCAUGGUGUUUUCAUGCCUCGAGGUUAUCUUGAAUUGAUACCGAAUCCUAAGGACAAUGAAGUGAAUCACAUCCGAGCCACAUGUUUUAAUAGCGAUAUAGUCCUGAUGCCAGAGUUAUCUACCUUUCGAGUUUUGCCCUGGGCUGAGAGGACUGCAAGAGUGAUAUGUGAUACCUUCACUGUGACCGGAGAGCCACUGCUGACUUCCCCACGGUACAUUGCAAAGCGGCAGUUGGAUCAGCUGCAGGACUGUGGUUUUUCCCUCCUCUCUGCCUUCAUCUAUGAUUUUUGCAUCUUUGGAAUGCCUGAAAUGAUCAACUCAAAGACUAUAUCGUUUCCUGCUUCAACACUAGUAAAUAAUCAUGAUCAGCCAUUCAUGCAGGAGCUUGUUGAUGGCUUGUACCACACAGGAGCCAAUGUUGAGAGCUUUUCCUCCUCUACCAGGCCUGGUCAGAUGGAAAUUUGUUUUCUGCCUGAAUUUGGCAUAAGUUCAGCUGAUCAUGCAUUUACUCUCAGAACAGGUGUCAAAGAAGUGGCAAGGAAAUAUAAUUACAUUGCCAGCUUUUUCAUUGAGACUGGAUUCUGCAAUUCAGGAAUUUUGUCUCAUAGUCUGUGGGAUGCCAACGGGAAGAAAAACAUGUUCUGCAGCAGUUCUGGGACUGAACAGCUUACAAUCACUGGGAAAAAAUGGCUGGCAGGACUUUUGAAGCAUUCUGCGGCUCUCAGCUGCCUGAUGGCACCAGCUGUUAGCUGCCGCAAGCGUUAUGCCAAGGAGAGCAAGGACCUGAAGGAUAGUGUGCCCACAACAUGGGGGUACAAUGAUAAUAGCUGCGCUUUCAACAUCAAGUGCCAUGGUGACAAAGGUGCCCGCAUAGAAAACAAGCUAGGUUCUGCAACGGCAAACCCGUACCUGGUACUGGCUGCCACCAUUGCUGCUGGCUUAGAUGGGCUUCAGAGUAGCUGUGUUGCAGUGGCUGAUUCAGACGAGAGCACAGAACUUUUCCAACCAAAACCAUCUGAGAUUCCUUUGAAACUGGAAGAUGCUCUUGUAGCACUGGAGGAAGAUCAGUGUUUGAGACAGGCUCUGGGAGAAACUUUCAUUCGCUAUUUUGUGGCUAUGAAGAAAUAUGAGUUGGAAAAUGAAGAGACAGAUGCUGAGAGAAAUAAAUUCUUGGAGUAUUUUAUCUAGAACAGAACGAUUAACU